GUUGACGUACUAAGUACGCUAGCGAAAUAUAGAUUUGAGUAAUUCUCUUUUGUUUUACUGCUUUAGUGUUGAAUUGUUAAUAAUUUAUAAUCAUCAGAUUUAAGUUGUUGCUCUCAAAUGUUUUCAUAUUUAUUUAGAAGAUAGCUUUAUCUAAGUUGCUGUAUAAGUUAGAAGCCAAAAGCAGCAAUGGCGGUGCUGGCUGCAGCUCAGUUGCUGGACGAGUUGAUGGGCAGGCAUCGGAACACCAAUCCAAAUGAGAAAAUAAAGAAACCUAAUUGGGAAGACCAGGAGUACUGCAAAUAUUACAUGGUGAAGUUCUGUCCACAUGACCUCUUUGUGAACACGAGAGCCGACCUGGGCGUGUGCCCCAAGGUCCAUGACGAUGAGGUCAAGGACCUUUUUGAGAAGGCGGACGCUUCGUAUAAGAAGUCGCAAUAUGUGGAGGAGUUUCUACGGUUCUGCCGGCACAUGAUAAAUGAUGUUGAAAGGAAAAUCCAAAAGGGCAAGCAAAGAUUGGAGUUGAUGAACUCUAAACCUGAAGGUCCACCGAUGACCCAGGCACAAACUGAGAAAAAUCAAGAACAGGUCCAACUUCUCUCUGAGAAGAUACAAGCGUUGGUCCAAGAAGCCGAGGAGGCGGGUACGAGAGGCGAUGUAGAACAAGCCCAGGGCCUCAUGAAGCUGUGUGACCGGCUCAAAGAGGAGAAGGAGACUUUACUGAAACAACAGGAGAACAGCCAUUGGUCCAUGACCGCAGAGCUGGCUGCCGCCCAAGAGAAGCAGAUGGAGGUGUGCCCGGUGUGCGGCGCCUUCCUCAUCGUUGGUGACGCCCAGCAGCGCAUCGAUGACCACCUCUCCGGGAAGCAGCAUGUUGGCUACUUCAAACUCCGUCAAGCCUACGAAGAAAUGAUGGAGUCUCGUGAAAAGGAGCUACAAGAGAAAGAGAAGAAGCGUCGCGAAGAGCGAGACAGAGAGCGCAGCUCCCGCGGCGGCGGGCUCGGCUCCGACCGGCGAGACAGGGAACGGAUGGAGAGAGACAGAGAACGCGAUCGCGGAGACAGGGAUAAUAAAGAGCGGGACAAGAAAGAUGACAAGAGCGACAGGGAUAAGGAGAGAGAUAAGGAUAGGGAGCGUCAUCGGUCGAGCCGUGAAGAGAAGGGCGGCCGCCACGACGAGCGCGACCGCGAGCGGGACCGCGACCGCGACCGCAGAUCGCGCAGGGAGAGAAGGUCGUCCCACGAUCGUUCGCGCCGCCGCUCACGCGAGCGCCACUAGCUACUGACUGAGGUAUCACAAAUAGCGCCUCACACCGUUGGCACCCCCGUAGACGAAGACCGGACCCGGACCACAAAAAGAGGUACUUUUGAAUUAAGCCAUCUAACCACUGAAGACAGAAGGCCGCAAGCAAUAAUCCAGAAGUCCACAAUACUCCCGCGUUCCGAGGUGACAUAGAAUUACCCGUAGUUAUAAGGUACUCUGAUUGUUGGUUAGAUUACUUAAAAAUCUACUAAACUGUCAUUGGAAUAGUUAAUUAUGAUAGUUUUAAAAUGCGUAUAGGAAUGCAAGCAAGCUUUAAUAUUACAGAUACAAUUUGUAUUUUAGUUUAUGUCACAAUCUGUCAGUCUUGUUUAAUAUUUAUUAACCAAUAUUUAUUAUUUAUUACCAAUGCAGGUAUUUACCUGCAUUGGUAAUCAUUUAGGUCUUGAGUAACUACAAGAUACAAUGCGUUUUCCAUAAAUAAAAAUGCCUCGCACAGCUAAACUGUGGAAUGAACUGUCGCCCAAGGUAUUUCUGGAUCGAUACCACCUUAAAAUCAUCAAGAAAAGAGCGUACUCCCAUUUUAAGGGCCUCUUCUGCUCAUUUGACUCCAAUAUCAUAAAAAAACAACACUGUAAUUGUCAAUGCUGGCGAGACUCGAUGACACUGAUUUAUUUUCGGUAGAUUUUUUGUAAUCUAAUUACCAAUCGGAGUUUAAUAAUAAAUUAGGUGUUGUUCAAGACGGUUUACACAAAGUAGCGUCCUGCCUAGGACCUGUUAUUUUUACGCUUAGAGAAUAAAUGUAAAGUGUAGACUUCUGUUUCCUAGGAAGCUCUGUAAUGUUAAAUAUACCAGUUGCCACUGAGGAGUGAUUCAGGUAUUUAUGCAAUUAUUAUUUUUUCGUCAUGAUGAUGUUUUUGUGAUCGAAUUUUGUUGGACGACUUGAAUGUGUGAACUAUGAAUUAUUUCGAAGGAAUAAAAAAUAUAACCA